GAAUUUUCAAUUUCAGUUGUAAGCUGACUGCAAUCAGCAGUGGUUCGCAUUUUGGUUCGGGAAUUCGCAAUUCCGCAUUUCGGCUUUUCCAUCGCUCGUGCGAAAACGCUCUCGGGACAUAACGGAAUAUACGGGCCGGCGCUGUCCGAGCGCACAAAACAAAAAAAAAACAAAAAAACUUUACGAUUAUUAUAAACUUUGCGGCGUGAGUCAGUGGUAUUAGUGUCCUUGUGUGUGUGCGCUAUUUGAGCAUGCAUUUGGCAUUCACCGUUAGCUAGCGGACAAGUGAAACAGCAGGAGCUGCCUAUUAAAAAAAAGUGAACCCGCGAAACAAAGAAAAGACAAAAAAAAAAAAAAAAAAAGACUCACUCGGUUUGAGUGCUAACAUGGCGCCAAAAAAGUCCACUAUUGUGCUCAAUGUGGAGCAGUUUAUUCACGAUAUCGAGGAGCGUCCGGCCAUCUGGAACCGCAACUUCCACUGCAACAAGGCCUUCCUCGAGCAGAUGUGGGACGAGCUGAGCGGAGCGCACAAGCUGCCGAAGAUCGUGCUCAAGGCCAAAUGGAAGGGACUUCGAGAUAACUUUCGGGUAGAGUACAAACGGAUACCUCGAGCGGAUAACGGUGAUUUUAUGGUGGAUCCGGCAACGUUUGAGUCCAAGUGGCUGCACUAUUACGCCUUGUUGUUUCUAACUGAUCACAUGCGCCAUCGUUUGCCGAAAAACGAGCAGGAUCAGUCUUUCUACUUUAACCAGCAGAGCGAGGAUUGCGAAAAGACAGUUGUGGAACCGGAUUUAACAAAUGGUUUAAUCCGUCGCCUGCAGGACAGCGACGAAGAUUACGACGAGGAGGACAUGGAGGCGGAGGCAGACGGUGAGGCUAGCGAAGCCACGAUGGAGGAGGCAAUGCCCACGCCACCGGCUGCUCAUCAAAUGAACCAAGUGAGCACUACACCACUGGCCACAGGAGCUUUGCGAGCUCAAGAGGAGGCCCAUCAGCAUGCUCUGAUCAAGGCGGGAUUACUUCGCGCCCAGUUGAUGGAAUUGGAAAAGGAGGCAGAGGAUCUGAGUAAGAAACCACCACCACCGCAAGCACAACAACAGCCAUCACCCGCGGCGCCUUUACUCCAAAUGCUGGUGGAGCCACCUGCUGCUCAUUGUUCUCCACCACCGGUGGUUACUACGACAUCUGCCCAAGUACAACAACCAGGAUCGGCGGCUGUUUUGGCCCCGGCAACAACCACAUCCGCAUCAUCUGCCUCCUCGAAUGGUGCGUCAAUGGGAGGAAAGAGAUCGGUGUCGCCACCGCCACUCUAUAACAAGGCCCACCAUCCGCUCGCCACUCUGGCAGCAGCUCAUCAUGCGGCCAAAGAACGAAACGAGGAGUUCGGAGCAUCCACAGCGGUGGGAGGUACUGGGGAACAUCUCAGCUUCACGCAACACUCGUAUGCCAAUGGACUUAUACCCGCCCUCAAGCUAAAGCGACCACGUCUCUCGGAGGACAGCAACUUCAAUGGCUCCUCGACGAUGGAUGCUCCUUUGGUGCCCGAGGACGAUGACUACCACUACUUGCUCAGCCUGCAUCCGUACAUGAAACAGCUGACGGCCGCUCAAAAGCUACGCAUACGCACCAAGAUACAAAAGCUCAUCUUCAAGGAGCUGUACAAGGAGGAUCUCGAGGAGUCCAAGUAGUCGAACAGCUCAGAAAGCCUAGAUUAAGCACAAGACUGUAAAUACGCCUAGACUUUAAGCAUUACAUUUAGUUUUGUGUCCAUGCCAUGCUACUUGAUUGAUUUCUAGUUGAGCGACACUCCAAGGAAAGCUGGGAGUGCGCCAUUUACGCCUAAGCACAAAUACAUUGCAAAUAAAAAUGUAACAUUUAACGG